UAACGCGGCGGCAUGGAGCGCGGCGCGGGGCGCGUCCCCAGCGCGGCUGGGGCCGGGCCGGGGCGAGCGGGCGCCCGCCGCUAGGGAGGGGGCCGUCCCCGCGCCCAGCCUCCUCCGCAGGCACGUAAUACACACACAUACAUAUAUACACUACGUAUACAGAGAGAGAGGGCCCGGGCGGCGGCGAGGCCUCGGGGCACCUCCCGACAGCGGUCCCCGCGGCGCGCCCGGGCUCGGGCAUGGCCGCGGGGCCAUGACGGGCGCGGCGGCGGGCGGCGGCGGCUCCGGGAGCACCCGCCGCGCGGCGGUCGGCAAGGCGGGGGGCCGGUCGCGGAGCGCCCAGCCGCGGGCGGCGGGCGGCGGCGGGAGCGGCGGCGGCUCGGAGGAGGAGGAGCAGCGGGACGGCGGGUCGCUCUUCCUGGUGAACAAGAGCGGCUUCCCCCUGGACGGGCAGACCUGGGAGCGGAUGUGGGGGCACGUGGAGCGGGUGCACCCCGAUGGCGGCGCCGUGGCGGCGGCCAUCCGGAGCGCCGCCCGCCUGGCUCGGCCCUCAGUGCCACCAGUGCCAAACUACAAGCUCUCCAUGUCGAUCCCAGAAUGGCUCCAGGCAAUACAGACCUACAUGAAGAUGCUGCAAUACAAUCACACGGGAACACAGUUCUUCGAGAUUAGAAAAACCAGACCUCUAAGUGGGUUAAUGGAGACAGCAAAAGAAAUGACCAGGGAGUCCUUACCUAUCAAAUGCCUUGAAGCAGUUAUCCUGGGGAUAUACUUAACGAAUGGGCAGCCCUCUGUAGAACGAUUCCCCAUCAGCUUUAAAACCCACUUCUCAGGGAACUAUUUUCAUCAUGUGGUGCUCGGAAUUUACUGCAACGGCCGGUACGGCUCGCUGGGCAUGAGCAGACGAUCAGAUCUGAUGGACAAACCUCUAACUUACCGAACUCUGAGUGACCUCAUCUUUGAAUUUGAAGACUCCUAUAAAAAGUACUUGCAUUCAGUCAAAAAAGUAAAAAUCGGAUUAUAUGUCCCACACGAGCCACACAGCUUUCAGCCCAUCGAGUGGAAACAGCUGGUCCUCAAUGUAUCCAAAAUGAUGCGCACAGAAGUCAGGAAGGAGCUGGAGAAGUUUGCCAGGGAUAUGAGAAUGAAGAUUCUGAAACCUUCAAGUGCCCAUUCUCCCAUGAAAGAGCGAUCACGGGGUAAAUCGUUGUCCCCUCGCCGAAGGCAAGCCAGCCCUCAGAGACGGGCAUGCAGAAGAGACAAAUCGCCUGCGGUGGUGGACAAGAAAGGAGACCUGGCUACGCUCAAUGAGGUAGGCUACCAGCUCCGCAUCUAACAAAGCCAUACACUGGACAGAGGGCUUCCUGGUGCUUCCCGCUGCACUUUACCUGCACUCCGUUGGAAGGAAAAAGGAAUGGGACUAUUUAUUAACUUGUGGACUCUUACAAUUAAAGUUUUACCUAGAAAAUAGAACAGGGCAAAUUCUUUUUUGGUGGCAGUAUUUAUUUUAUUUCAAAUUACAGAAAAGGCAUCAGUGAAGACAACCUAAAAUGAUGUUUGGCAGGAUAUGAGAUUUUUUUUUUUCCCCUCCAUCAUGUAGCAGGUGACUCCAGUGGUGUGAGAGUUUCUUCAAAUAUAAUUUCCCUGGACAAGUAUUAAUUGAAUUUGGGCAUUGUGCUGGGUAGUAGCAUUGGGAUGACUAAGAAAUCAUAUUCUUAGUGUUAAGAUGUGCUGGGGUGCAGUGCAGUUAAAAAAUCAUAGUAUUUAUUUAAUUCAGCAAUAAAAACAAGCAGUGCAGAAGUGGCAUGAGUUUUUAAAGUAUCAACAUUACCUCACUAAACUUAACAGAUAUGCAAAACUGUCAGUAUUAUUGUUUUGUAACUAAUUUGUACUGUUGCCCAGCAUUUCUGGUAGUAUUAAAACAGCAUUGGAUGUUUUACUGCCACCUAUAUUACUAUUUUGUGCAUGUUGCUGAAAGAUGUUAAGUAAUAGUAAUAUGCAAGUGUAUUCUUAAACACUGACAGCUUAUUAGGCAAAAUACAAGGGUUUGGGUUUUUUUAAAAAUGAUAACUGAUGAAUAAUGAAUUUUCAAGCUUUCAUAAUUUUUUUAUACUUGUCACUAGCUCUUAGUCUUUCCGGACUAUACUGCUGAAGCACAAAACGUAGAGAUUGCUGUUUUGUAGAGACAAGCGUUCACCUACUAGUCAGUUUGUUUCUCAUAUGUGUUCCUGGAAUAAUGGAAAAAAUGUCAGAAUUGCUAACCUGAGUCUAUAUGCUUUUCUUUCAGCAUUUAUGUGUAACUUUGAACCUUGUCUUUGAAAGGCUGAGCAGUCUCAGAUGGUGAUGCCUUGACAUCUUAUAUUAAGAUCAGACAUUGCAGGCUGAAGUUAACCUUCUGCCAUGCUGCUGUAGGGAGUUUUUCCUAUAUGUGUUGUAGUAACAACAGCUUAGUCAGACCUGAAUAAGGAAGCUUGUAUUGGAAUAACUUCAGCAAUAAAUUAAAUUGUAUGUCUGAAAUAGCUGAAAAUCAAGCUUGUCUGCUUCUUCCCUACUCAGUCCUUUUGUUCUAAGACGUAGCUAAGGACUUGCGAUGGACAGCAGCAUUCUCAAGUGACAUGGUAAGACUUUCACUGGGGUCUACCAUGGGUGUUAGUGAAGUUCCCUGGAAGCAUUUGAGUGCUGCAUUCCUGAAAAUAUUUCAUUAGGUGCCUAAAUAGAAACUGGAUUAUUAUACAAGUCCAGCCUCUACCCUUUGUGCUGUACUUGUAGAUGAUACUGCCAUGGGCCUUGUGUACCUCCCCUCCUGGGCACUUACUUUUUUGGGAUCUCAAUGAAGACAGGACAUUGUAACACAGUGAUGAUAAUGCUUACUCAAAUUGAAUGAUUUAAGCUCCUACAACACUUUUAUCAGCCAGCAACUGAAUGGAUACAGAAGGAGAUGAUUGCUUGUACACAGA